AGCUUGCAGCUGUCCGCUAAUAUCGUUUCGACUGUUUUGCGUGACAUCCAGUACUGCCAUGGUUGCCAGCCUUUUCGUAUGUCGAGCGGGUGUUACAAGAUAUAUUUACCUUGUUCUGGGUGUUCUGGUUUUGUGGUCGUCGAUCCUUGCGCUUGUCUCUCCGCAGCUGAGGACGGUACCAUCCUUCAUUCGUUCUCAUCGUCUGCCUUGGAAAGAAGAUCACAGCGUAGUCCCGUGUCAUGCCAAGAAGAUUACACCGGAAUCGGAACCGUCUCCAUCGUCGGCGCAAUUAGGUAUCGCUUCUGAGGUGUAUCUCAUAUCUCUGCCCUGGCGACAAGACCGGCGACGACAGAUGGAACAUCUACGAGCAUCCAAAGAAAUUAAUUGGACGGUUAUAGAUGCACUCGACCCUUCAGACAUUGCUAUCAGCCAUAUCUUCGACCGGAUUGUCUCUCAGCGUUCGCUGCAGCCCUCCAAAGGACACCUGAAUGACAUUGGCUCAGUCUUCCACUGGCCCGCUGAUAUCAAUGCUCUCGCUGCUUCCACAGAGUACCUUGAAUCUUCUGGUUCUGACCUCUGGACCUUCUCGGACACUCGAGAUCGCAAACUUACUGCCUCGUCCUCUUCUAGUGUCUCGCCACAUCCAAACAUUACGUGCGCAACUCAGGAUCACUCGAUACCGCCUUUUAAACCUAGCCUCCCAGACUGGAUGGCUCUCACUGCACCAAAGAUCUCAUGCUGGUAUUCGCAUGUCUCAGCUGUUCGACAAUUCAUUGAUAGAGGGAAUACCAAUCCUGAGGACGUCGCUGUGUUCUUGGAAGAUGAUAUCGAUAUGGAAAAGGACAUCGAGAUAAGAAUGCACAACGUCUGGACUUAUCUUCCACCGGGAUGGGACAUGGUUUUCCUGGGUCAUUGCUGGUCAAAUGAAUCUUUCUACUCUGAACUUCCGUCGCCUCGAGUCAUGUCUCCAUUAUAUGACCUUCUAACACGGUCGCGCAUUCAUCCAUCUUACUCUCCGCGUUGCACUCAUGCUUACGCACUUUCCCUUUCCGGUGCUCGGCGUCUUCUGCAGCAUCUUCGUUACCCGCCUUUCGCAUAUUCCCGAGCUCUUGAUCAAGCGUUCAGUUGGCUUAUCGAAAGCGGACGAUUACGUGCUUUCAGCGUCGUCCCGAGCGUUGUCAUCCAGCGGAAGGUCCUGUCGAGUGACAUAUUCCCUGGAUCCGGUGUAGGGAGUGCGUGGAGAGAGCGUUUAGUGGACGGUGUAUUCGGAACGUAGAAAAAACGUUGAUCUGUCGUCCCUGUUUUUUUUUGGUAAUAUCUGUCCUCUGUACCGCAACUCGUGUGUUAUCAAGCCAUCUCUUUUGCCAUCUCUAAAAUACUGGAGUUAACCCCAACGCCGCAGUUCAAAAUGAGGCAAACCCGCAUGGCUGGAGCAUCGUCAACGCCCC